UUUCACUUCAUUUCCACUCCGAACAAUGGCGAUCGGGGGAAAGUCUCGUGGCCCCAGGCGUUCGUCUUCAGUUUCAUAUGCAUCAACCGUCACAACUGUCAUUUUCGUAUCCUUAUGCGUUUUGGCUGUUUGGAUGCUCAUUCCCAACUCCGUUUCAUCCCCACAGACCACCGCUCGCACCACCAUCCGCGCCACCGUCACAGACACCGACGGAGACAUCGCAUUCUCCGGUUCAAACGAUGAGCAACCCACCAAAAUCACCGAAGAUAAAGAUAAAGCGGUGUUCGAGGAUAACCCCGACCAACUUCCUGACGAUGCAGUCAAGCCCGACGACGAUAAAACCAGCGAGUCGGACGAUGAUAAAGGGAAAGACUCGGUUGUUGAAGAAACCCAACGUGGUUUACACGGGAAAGAAUCGGCUGAAGAACGGGAGAAGCAGAAACAGAGUGAAACUCAGAUAUCCAAGGAAAGUGUGUUGACUCAGAACCAACAAACGAAGCAGAUUAUCCCCAGGGAAGUUGAAGAUAAUAAUAAGCAGACGAGUAAUGAAGAAACCAACAAGGUUAAUCAAGAGGAAAACAACAACAACAGCAACAACAAUAAGGAUUCGUCGGGCGAUCAAGAUCAAAUUCGAGCCGUGGAGAAGCAACAAGUCGACGAGAAACCGAAGGAACGUCGAGGCGACAAGACGAAGAAGAAAAAGAAGAAGAAAGGAGACGACAAAAGCAAUAAAAAGAUGAAGGAAACAACAACGAUGAACGUGAAACCAAAGGAGUAUGAUCCCGAGAGAUUAAAGAAUGAUGUAACGGAGAUGGAAGAUGAACCCAAGGGAAACAAGCAACAACAGAAUCAAGAGCAACAGAGGGCAAACGCCAGUUUUAGCGACGAAACGAAGGAUAAACAGAACGAACUUCUAAACACAAUGCAAACAGAUACGUUGCCCAGUUUGUUGAAGACAUCAACGAACCAGGAAACAGCGGAGAAAGACAUCCAAAAUGAAGGCCAGAAUCAGGAAAGUCAGCAACAGAACGAAUCAACCACGGGAGAUUCAUUAGACAAUUCGAUUCCGAAGGAGUCCACCGAAUUGAAGAAGACAUGGAAGUCGCAAAAGAUUCAGUCCGAUAACGAGAAGGAGAGACGGAGAGACGAAUCGGACGAUAAAGAGAGCUUCUACGGUUACAAGUGGCACUUAUGCAACCACACUACCGGUCCCGAUUACAUUCCGUGUUUGGAUAACCUGAAAGCUUUGAAGAAAUUAAAAACCACCAGGCACUUCGAGCACCGGGAGAGGCAUUGCCCUGAGGAGGGCCCGACGUGUUUAGUCCCACUUCCGGUGGGAUACAAAAAGCCCAUCUCCUGGCCUAAGAGCAGAAACAAGAUAUGGUACCAUAAUGUUCCACAUACGAAACUGGCUGAGUUCAAAGGGCAUCAGAAUUGGGUUAAAGUGAGCGGUGAAUUCUUGACUUUCCCUGGUGGUGGUACCCAGUUCAUCCAUGGCGCCCUCCACUACAUCGACUUUCUCCAACAGGCAAUACCCAAUAUUAAAUGGGGUAAACGAUCCAGAGUUGUCUUAGAUGUUGGAUGUGGUGUUGCAAGCUUCGGAGGGUUUCUUUUCGAUCGAGAUGUCUUGACGAUGUCAUUCGCCCCCAAAGACGAGCACGAAGCUCAAGUUCAAUUCGCACUCGAAAGGGGGAUUCCUGCUAUAUCAGCUGUGAUGGGUUCUCAGAGGCUACCGUUUCCUUGUAAUGUGUUUGAUUUAGUGCACUGUGCACGGUGUAGGGUGCCAUGGCAUAUCGAAAACGGCAUGCUUCUGCUAGAACUGAACCGUGUUCUUAGGCCUGGAGGAUAUUUUGUGUGGUCAGCCACUCCUGUAUACCAGAAACUUUCGGAGGAUGUGGAAAUUUGGAAGGCCAUGUUGGCCCUGACGAAAUCCAUUUGUUGGGAACUUGUGACUAUCAAGAAGGACAAAUUGAACUCUAUCGCUGCUGCCAUCUAUCAGAAACCUACCACAAACGAAUGCUAUGACAAACGACCGGAGAAUAAUCCACCAAUGUGCGAUGAAAAAGACGAUGCAAAUGCUGUCUGGCAUGUACCCCUGCGUGCAUGUAUGCACCGAGUGCCGAUAAAUCAGGUCGAAAGAGGAGCACGAUGGCCCGCGAACUGGCCUAAUCGGCUACAGAAAGCUCCUUAUUGGUUGAACCGAUCCCAAAUGGGGAUUUACGGGAAACCGGCUCCGCAAGACUUUACGAAGGACUACGAACACUGGACUCGAGUUGUGAGCAAGUUGUACAUGAGCGGAUUGGGAAUCAGUUGGUCCAAUGUUAGAAAUGUGAUGGACAUGAGAGCUGUUUAUGGAGGGUUUGCAGCAGCCUUGAAGGACAUUAAUAUAUGGGUGAUGAAUGUGGUGAACUUUGAUUCUCCCGAUACACUUCCGAUAAUCUACGAACGCGGUCUUUUCGGAAUAUACCAUGAUUGGUGCGAGUCGUUCAGCACGUAUCCAAGAUCGUAUGAUCUCUUGCACGCUGAUCAUCUUUUCUCCAAGCUGAAAACAAGGUGCAAACUUCAACCUGCGUUGGCAGAGGUCGAUAGAAUCGUCAGACCGGGCGGGAAAUUAAUCGUUCGAGACGAAUCGGAUGCCAUUAGCGAAGUUGAGAACUUGCUGAAAUCACUGCACUGGGAAGUUCAUUUAACUUUCUCCAAGGAUCAAGAAGGGAUACUGAGUGCCCAGAAAGGUGAUUGGCGACCUACAACAUAUCAAGCCGUCAUUUGAUGCAUCCUCGAUCUGUAUUUUGGUCAUGGUUUUUAUUAUGGUUCGAUCAUUCCUGGAGUUUA